UAUUUCCCCUUCAGGGAAGAUGUCUAUCAAGAGAAUGUGGAUUCUAGCGCUUGUUUUGAUUCUUGCAAACCUAAAUGACGCAGCACAAAUUCAGUUCGUCUUGGUCAACCAUUCUUCAUCGCUGUGGUGCCCAGCAGAAGGUGGACCGGCUCUACGUAUUGUAUGGAGAAAAAAUGACGCUGUUGUGCAAAACAGCACUUGUGUAAGAUAUCGACUCAACAUCACUGAAGAAGAAAUAAAUACCAACUACAGCUAUGAAGUGGACGGCAACGGUCUGUCUAAGAAGAAAGAUAUCAAUCUUAUUGUCGAGAGGUGCCCUAAAACUUGUCAAUGCACAGUUCUAGAAGGUAACAUAGAGGGUCUCAUACGUGUUGAUUGUGAAAGGAAACAGCUAAGAUCAAUUCCAUGUGACAUUCCAAGAGCUACAGUAAGAUUAGACUUGUCUGAAAAUCAGUUCAAGACACUACAGCCAGAUAUAUUUUAUCCUUUGUGGAGGCUCAGAGGGCUCUGGCUGGAAAACAACAACUUAAAGACAUUACCUGAAGAGCUUUUUACCGGGCAAGAUAAUUUGAAAUAUUUGCGGUUAGUCGGCAACCAGCUAGAGAAGCUACCUCGCUACAUAUUUCAUGGAUUGACUGACCUGGAGGAACUGGACCUGUCUCACAACCAGUUGCAAAACUUGUCUCGAGGCGUUCUAAGCACAAAUACUAAGCUGAAAGAGUUGGAUUUGUCAAACAACGAGAUUAAGCAUCUGCCUUUGGAUGUCUUCGGCAACCUAACCAGCUUGAAAAAACUCUUUCUGUCUAGUAACAAAAUUCGACGUCUGCCGCAUUUCAACAAUCUCUCUGAGAUAGAGACGUUAUAUAUAGACAACAACAGAAUCGCAAAUCUGUCAGCCAAUCAAUUCCACGGCCUGUCCAAACUGAGAGACUUGGCCAUUCAUGACAACGAUAUCACACAUCUGCCACAUGGAGUUUUCGAAGGCCUGAAAAACAUGCUGUCUAUGAGCUUUCAUCUCAAUAAAAUCCGCAAUGUGUCCAAAGAACAUUUCAAAGAUGUCGCACCAACCAUACGAUCCCUGUACUUUCAUCACAACCGAAUGCGAAAGCUACCAGAAGGAUUCCUCUCUACUAUGCCAAAUUUAACAAGAGCGACUGUAGACACCAACAUGAUGUGCUGUCACUUAACGAAAGAGGACGCGGAUUGCGAUUAUGUCUAUGUCGACAGUUUUGCCAGUUGUGAAACAAUGUUCAGAAAUCGAGCUGCUAGGACAUGUAUCUGGGCGAUCGCAACCAUGUCUCUGGUUGGAGCUAUAUUUGUCAUCACAUGGCGAAUGGUCUACAGGGAGACAAAUAUUGUACAGCCAAUCAUGUUGAUUCACUUGGCGGUAUCUGAUGGGUUAAUGGGUAUUUACCUGAUCACCAUAGGUUGGAAGGAUGCUACAUGGGCAGGGCAAUAUCACUUGCAUGAUUAUAACUGGCGAACAAGUCUUGCAUGCCAGAUAACUGGUGCAAUCGCUGUGUUAUCAAGCGAGGUCUCACUGAUGCUUCUUUCUCUUAUCUCUGCUGACAGGCUAAAAAAUAUUGUGUUCCCUUUCCAUGUUGGUGGACUAACCAACAAAGCCACUCAUGCUUUGUGCUUUAUUAUCUGGAUUAUCGGUUUCAUAAUUGCUUUUCUUCCCACCAUUGGCAUUCAGUAUUUUAGAGCCCCUGCUGGAGAUGAUCACUUUUACGGCAAAUGA